AUGUAUUCUAAGAAGAAGCUAAAUGAGGAAUUUAGUGUUAUCUUGGAAGAAGGUCCCAUAAUGGUUGGGAUUGUGGAAUAUGAAGAUGAACCCUGGCUACCCUUCAUGUUUGACAAUGACCCAGAACAUAACACUUCAGAAUCAGAAUUAUAUGAAGAUAAUGAUUUGGAUGAGCUGCAUGGCGACGAUGAGAAUUCAGAAACUAAUGAUAAUGAAGACGAGAACAUCCCGAACACUAACAUGGAGGAAACAGAAGAAGGAGAGAUCCGGGAUGAGGUGAACACCCCAGCGACGACCACCCCAACUGUUCCAUCCCUAGAACUUGGCAACGAACUGAUGACUCCAAUCCAUUCAAUGCACACUCCCUACAAGGAAUCGGAACCAAACAUGCCUCACCACAUGCCACGCACUCAGGGAAAGGAAUCGUCGCUAGUUUUAAUUGAAGAUACGUCACCCAUUGAUGUGACAUCCCCAUUUUCACGGCCAAAAAAGACCGAUUUGUUUAUGCUUUGUUUUAUAAAAUCAGAGUAA